CACCAUCUGCUAUUAUCUUCAAUUCUCUUCUCCUUCUCCGAGCAAGUUCGUCAGCACGCAAGCAAUUAACUAAGGCUGGACACUCCUCUCGUCUGGGUAUAUAUAUGUGCAGAACGUCGAUGCAACCAGGGCCUUAACCAAAUUGCCAAGAUUGGUGCUCCUUUUUGGUAAUUUAAGAUUUGGGUUUGGCGCCCUUCUGAUGUUGAAGUCAAACUCAUGCUAAUUGUCUACCGUUGCAGCUCAUACCUAUCGGCUAGUAGGACGUAUUGACAGUUGUUUUUUUUUCCUUCGGUGUACAGAAGUCUUCCGCAGAGCAUUGAACCGGUGCAGCUCCAAUGGGCGAAGAGGGCACGGAGUACCGGCGUCUCCCAGACAGAGCGGAUGGCGCGUCGUCGCCGGCGUCGCGCCAAAAGUUGUCGCUCGUCCCUCUCAUCUUCAUCAUCUUCUACGAGGUCUCGGGCGGGCCGUUCGGGAUCGAGGACAAUGUGCGCGCGGCCGGACCCCUCCUCGCCAUCGUCGGCUUCCUUGUCCUCCCCAUCGUCUGGAGCGUCCCGGAGGCGCUGAUCACAGCUGAGCUAGGCACAAUGUUUCCGGAGAGCAGCGGGUUCGUCGUGUGGGUGGCCUCGGCGCUCGGCCCGUACUGGGGGUUCCAGCAGGGGUGGAUGAAGUGGUUAAGCGGCGUCAUCGACAACGCCCUGUAUCCGGUCCUCUUCUUGGACUACCUAAAGUCCGGCGUCCCGGCGCUGGGAGGUGGCGCGCCGAGGGCGUUCGCUGUCGUCGGCCUGACAGCCAUGCUGACGCUGCUGAACUACCGGGGGCUCACGGUCGUCGGGUGGGUAGCCAUCGUCCUCGGGGUAUUCUCGCUCCUCCCUUUCUUCGUCAUGGGGCUCAUCGCGCUCCCCGAACUCCAGCCGGCGAGGUGGCUCGUGAUCGACAUCCACAACGUCAACUGGAACCUGUACCUGAACACACUGUUCUGGAACCUAAAUUACUGGGACUCGGUGAGCACGCUCUCCAGCGAGGUCAGGAACCCUGGCAAGACGCUGCCCAAGGCGCUGUUCUACGCGGUCAUCUUCGUGGUGGUCUGCUACCUGUACCCUCUCCUCGCCGGAACAGGCGCCGUGCCGCUGGACAGGGGGCAGUGGACGGACGGCUACUUCGCGGACAUCGCGAAGCUUCUCGGCGGCGUGUGGCUCAUGUGGUGGAUGCAAGCGGCGUCGGCGAUGUCGAACAUGGGCAUGUUUGUGGCGGAGAUGAGCAGCGACUCGUACCAGCUUCUUGGCAUGGCGGAGCGGGGCAUGCUGCCGGCUUUCUUCGCGAAGCGAUCGCGGUACGGCACCCCGCUGGUCGGAUCCGGCGUGCUGCUGCUCUCGACGAUGAGCUUCCAGGAGAUCGUGGCGGCGGAGAACAUCCUCUACUGCGUCGGCAUGCUCCUCGAGUUCCUCUCGUUUGUCCUGCUACGGGUUAGGCGUCCCGACGCCCCGCGGCCGUACAAGGUGCCAUUGGGCACCUCCGGAUGCGUGGCGAUGCUUGUGCCCGCGACGGCGCUCAUCCUGACGGUCCUUGCGCUGUCGACGCUGAAGGUUGCUUUGGUGAGCCUAGGCGCCGUGGCCGUCGGGCUUGUGCUGCAGCCUGCGCUGAGGUUCAUCGAGAAGAAGCGGUGGCUUAGGUUCUCCGUCAACUCGGAGCUCCCUGGCAUCGACGACACACACAAGCCCACCGCGCCGGACGAGCCGUUUCUAGCAUAGGGCGCUAAAACAGAUAAGAAAAUGUGGACUACAAUAUUUGUUAAAAGUUGCGUCUGAUUUUCUGUGAGCGCACCUAGUGUUUCUCUAGAGCUAGUGGAAGCGAGUGUACACGUUUGUUUGUUGAGUGUUUUAAGUAACUCCGCCAUAGUCAUGUCUAUUCCA